UGGACUUCUCGGAGCUGUGUCUGUCUAUGGGGCUGGACGUCUCUGCGCUGUCUCUGUCUAUGGGGCUGGACCUCUCUGCGCUGUCUCUGUCUAUCGGGCUGGAGGUCUCUGCGCUGUCUCUGUGCCGUCACAUCGUGCGCUGCUGUCCAUGCUGCUGAGCGCAUCCUGCCGCCCUCCUGUCUUCUAAGCCUCUGCACGGGCUGUCAGUGUCCAGGCUGCUUCUAGCACUGAGGUGCCGCAGAGACAUCUGUUUCUGCUGCUGGUGCCGAGGAUUCCUGAGCGCUGCUCCGUCCAUGAAGCUGCCCGGACCUCCCGGAGAUGCUGAGGACUGAUCGCUCCUCUAUAUGGGAUUUAAAGGAGGGAAAAGUUCUGUCUUUGCCUCCCGCCUGCCCUUCUGCAUGGUGUGCACUCGUGUCUGUAGGCGGCUACUAAAGCAACAAAUUGCCUUGGAGCUGAAGGUAUCUGGGCAGGAGCCGAGACCCUUGAUGUUGGUGCUGGCGAAGCCUUAAUGCACAUAGGUAGACCACCUCCUCAGCUGUGAGGGGACCCCAUCCAGCCGGGAUACAUCCCACCCAGAACAGCUUCACCAGGCUAGGAAGACAUCAUGAAAGCUCUGCUCCCAUCUGGAUAUAUGGAUCGGUGUAUUUCUGGUUUUGGGGUGCCUGAUGUUUAGCUGGGAAUCCUCUUAACCGUUGUCCAUCCUGUAUCAUGGUAGGAAAUCUGGAGGGACUCUUUAUUUUCUCCCCCUAAUGGGUCUUCUGGCACCAAGGAUGGGCUAACCACAGACUCCUAAACCUUUUGGCUUUUAAAUUGUCCCGCUGAUCCUCAAAGGAUUAACCCUUCAGACCUCAUGGCAGCAACCUGAUCCAGUUCCUGGUGGAGUGGCACAUAAUUAGGCUGACAUUGGGGGAUGGCUCUGCAUAUCUCUGCAGUCUCCAUGAUUUUCUUUGCAAUCAUGGCUUCAGCAUCAUCAGCUUCAAUCAACCAAGAAGACUACCCCGCCGAUGAAGGAGAACAGGCCUCCAGUAACGACAACUUAAUAUUUGAUGACUACAGGGGUAAAGGCUGUGUGGACGACAGUGGUUUUGUGUAUAAACUGGGGGAGAGAUUUUUCCCAGGUCACUCUAACUGCCCUUGUGUGUGUACAGAAGAUGGACCUGUUUGUGAUCAGCCGGAAUGCCCUAAAAUUCACCCGAAAUGCACUAAAGUGGAACAUAAUGGAUGUUGUCCAGAGUGUAAGGAGGUGAAAAACUUUUGUGAAUAUCAUGGAAAGACUUACAAAAUCCUGGAGGAGUUUAAGCCUUCUCCGUGUGAAUGGUGCCGGUGUGAACCCAGCAAUGAAGUCCACUGUGUUGUAGCAGAUUGUGCUGUACCGGAGUGUGUAAAUCCUGUGUAUGAACCUGAGCAGUGCUGCCCUGUCUGCAAGAAUGGACCUAACUGCUUUGCAGGCACCACUAUAAUCCCAGCAGGGAUUGAAGUCAAAGUGGAUGAUUGUAACAUUUGUCACUGCCACAACGGGGACUGGUGGAAACCAGCACAGUGUUCAAAAAGAGAGUGCCAUGGGAAGCAAACCCUAUAGACAUGCUGUGCCCAUGCCAGAUAUGUAAGGGGCUGCCUCUACAUCCAAGCCCAUGGACUAGAUAAACUCUUAAGACUCCAAGCAUAUUGGACAAGAGCAGUACAAAGGAUGGCGGCACAAAAAUGGAUACUCCUUAUGUAAAGGUGGUAGACUGUGCUGGAUCUAGCUGAACUAUGUACACAGCAACGAACUUCACAUACUGAGCUCUGCAUCACGUAAUGUCCUCCUCUGGGGACGGCUUCAAAUUUUAUGACAAGGUUUAACCAAACAGAACGCUGAGACUUUCUAGUGUGACACUGUGAGGAAACGUUGGUUCCAUUUCAUCGAUUCCCAACCAGUUCACCUAAAAAUCUUUUCUUUCUUUCGAGUCUGCUGUUACUUCCAGCCAUAGCUCUGAAUUAUUCAUAUGGUCUAAAGAAAUUCACAAAACUAGACCACUCCAUAGCCACAGUAAAAUAAAUACAUUGUGUGCCAAAUAACAUGAAAAUGCAAAAUUCUAAUUAUAGUAGGGUGCCCAUGUAAUUGGUUAACCAAAGUAAGGAAGUAGUCUAGACUAUUCGGAGUAAUGCUCAGAUACAUUACAUACAUCAAAAUUAAGGUAGGGGAACUUUUGAAUUAGGAACCAUUAUCUAAUUGUAGAUUGUGUUUGUAUUAGGCAAGGGCUGUAUACCAGUUGACUUCUACUGCACUUGGUGAAUUCUGAAGGCACCAUAGAUAAAUUACCUAAGAAAUGAAUUACAGGGGAGAGCAUACAUCCUACUUAAUGUCUGUUCAUAUUUUAAUCACGAGCACAAGGUAUGCAUUCUUGCCUGAAUGAACACAAUUUGUAUUUGGUUAGCUAUACUCUAUAUUUGCCUACAGCUCAGUACCGCAUCUACAGGGCACUGAGUUCAGGAAAACGUAGAAUCAUUUGAAACGUUUUUGCAUACGGUAUAUUGUUCUAAAAAAGAAAACAUUGCUUUUGUAGAAUGAUGAUCAGAUUUAUCUCUGGGGAACCGACCACUUUGUCAACGAAGAAUUUGGCUUUAAUCAAUGCUUUAGGCCAGCCACUAGUUCCAUCCUUCAUUCACUCUUAUUUUCAUUCAAGAUAUUCUUGAGGAUGACAUUAAUUUUAGGGUACAUAAGCUUCUGAGUACUAGCCACUUACAAUCACAAACUCCUGGGGUGGCA